UAAUUGAAAAUGAUGAUGCCUAUGUUGUUAUUAAAAACACAUUUAGAAAAAAAAUUGUACUUUUGUUAGAUCAAAAAUUUAAAAUUAAAUAUUCAACCUGGGAUAAUGUUGAAUGCCAGAAUUUUAUUGGUAAAGCAUACACGUAUUUAAUUGAAGAAAUGCAUGAAGCAUUAAAUUCAAGUUUUGAUGGUGAAAUUGUUUUUAAAAAAAAUAAAUAUCAUUUUAAAAUUAAUAGCUGGUAUAUUUUAGAAGAAUCAUAUGAACUUGGUAAUUUAAAAGUAGCAAGAAAUCAUUAUUUGGAGCUUAUUGGUAAAAAUAAAAAAGAUCCAGAUGCCUGGUUAAAGUAUGGAAUUUAUCUUAAAAAAAUUAAUGAUCCAGAAAGAUCUCUUGAAUGUUGUUUGGAGUCAAUCAGCUUGCAGAAUCGUCAUAAUCUUUCGCUUAUUUAUUAUGGAGUUUUAUUGAUGGAAAAUGAUAAACACGAUGAAGCUGAAUUUUUUUUAAAAGCAUGUGUUAAUUUUUAUCCUCUCAAGUUUGAAAAUUGGAUGAUACUUUAUUUAUUUUAUGCAAAAAUAAAUUUAUCACCAGAAAUUGAUGUAACUUUAAAAAAUGCUAAAGACUGUAUAGCUGAUGAAAACUAUAAAAAAAUGAUAUUUGAUGAUGUUAUUGAUGAGCCAUUUGCAUGGUCAACUUUUCAACAUCAUCAGCAAGAUCAAAUUCACAUAACAAUUACAAUAUUUUUGUUGAAAUUAAAUCUCUUCAUGCUUGCAGAUUUUGCUUUGUUGAAAUACUUGGAACAAUUUGGUGAAUCAAUAUCUUGGAUUUAUUUUUCAGCUGUAUCAUUUUAUCUUCAGGGUAAAUAUUCUGAGGCAUUAGAAAAAUUACAAGAAGCAAUAAUUAAACAUGGCAAAGAUUAUUCAAUAAUGAGUCUUAUGGGGCAUUGUUUAUUUAAAAAAAAUAAUUUACAUGAAGCUAUUGAAUGCUAUGAAUUUUGUAAUUUUAUUUUUGAUCGUCCUGAUGAUAUGCACUUGGUAAAUUUGAGAUUGGCAAAUUGUUAUGUUGAAUUUGAACAAUACAAAAAAGCUAAAAAAAAAUUUUUUGAUAUUUGUAAAUUAACUCCAACUUCUGCUUCAUGGCUUGGACUUGGAUCAUCUUGCUAUCAUCUUGGUGAAUUAAUUGAGUCAGAAAUAUGUCUUGUAGAAGCAAAUUUAAUUGACAAUUGUAAUCCAGAAAUAUGGGGAUAUUUAACAUUGAUUAAUAUUUCACUUGAUAAUUAUCAUGAAUUUUUACAAUGCUAUCGUCAAACAAUAAAGGUAAAGAUGGAAUAA